AUGGAAGAGAGAAAUGAUGCUGAGAAACUUGAUGAAGUUAUGCUACCAGGGUUCAGGUUUCAUCCAACUGAUGAGGAGCUUGUUGGGUUUUACCUGAAGAGGAAGAUUCAGCAACGCCCUUUGACUAUUGAGCUCAUCAAACAGCUUGAUAUCUAUAAAUAUGACCCUUGGGAUCUUCCAAAGUUGGCCACUACAGGAGAAAAAGAGUGGUAUUUCUACUGUCCCAGGGACAGAAAAUACAGAAACAGUGCAAGGCCUAAUAGGGUAACUGGAGCUGGCUUUUGGAAAGCUACAGGAACUGAUAGGCCUAUCUAUUCCUCAGAAGGUUCCAAGUGUAUUGGGCUGAAGAAAUCCCUUGUAUUUUACAAAGGCAGAGCUGCCAAAGGAGUCAAAACUGAUUGGAUGAUGCACGAGUUCAGGCUACCUUCUGUCACAGACUCACUUUCCCCAAAGAAGUACAUUGACAAGACCAUUCCUGCUAAUGAAUCUUGGGCUAUCUGCAGGAUAUUCAAGAAAACCAGUUCUACAGCUCAAAGAGCUUUGUCUCACUCUUGGGUCUCAUCCAUACCUGAAACAAGAACCUCUGAUAUGCUAACCAAAAUUCAAGACAGCACCCAGUUUUGUUCAACCAACAUGCCUUUGACAAAGAAAACUAGCCUAGCCAGCCAGUUCUUUACUAACAACAACGAUACUCAACACUUAACCACUAAUAGUAGUAGUUGUAGUACUCUUUGUCCUUUAGAUGUUGCCUCAUAUAAAUCCAUUAUUAACCCUUUGCUUUACACAAAAGCCUUUGAUCACUUACCACCAAUUUCAAAUGGAGACCUUAGCACUAGCUUGUUAUUCUCAUCUCCACUUGAAACAUCUAAUACAAAUAAUGCCAAAUCUACAAUGGAUGUUUCUGCCAUGUUGUUGAAUAUGUCAUCCUCUAUGCUUGGAGAUUUUAACAAGAGUUCAGAGGGAACAACCACAAUCUUUGGUGGGUUGCAAGAGCACUAUAGUGGCUAUUCAAUACCAUUUCUACGUGAUAUGCAAGCCACAGUUGGCAACCAAUAUGAUAAUAAUGCAAUGGUAAAGGUUCCUAAUGUGAAUGUGCCUCUUGUUGAUGACCAAGAGUUGGAAACAGUACGAUCCAUUGGGUUUCCAUUCAGUAGUAUGCCUUUCAAUGUUGGUGAUGCAUGGAAGUCAAAUAUGCUUUGGGAUACUUCAUCUUGUCCUUGUGAUGUGCCCUCUAGUUAUUCCACAACCAAGUGCUAUACUUAG